GGAGACACCGAGUAGUUUCAGACUUGGGAGAGCGGAGGAAGGAAAGUAAGUCGGCGUGAAAGAGAGAAUGGGAAACUGACUGAUAUACUGCGAAUGGCGAACCUCGGGAGACCAGAUGACAAACUAACAGAAGGAUAAAAUGUUGCGAAAAUCAUCAACUCGGCAGAAGAGAGUGAGAGUGUGACAGGGAGACGCAGAGUGCUGCUUUUCUGCCGUGUUGGGAUAGUAUCGAUCGCUCCCGGGACAGAGAGGAAAGCGCUGUUUCGGAACUCCGCUGCACCCCGUCCCGUAGCACGAGUGGAAGUAGUGAGCCGCUCUCCCAACUCGGCGCUGUCGGGGCAUUUGUUGUGAUUGUGGAAAGAGGGCACUCAAUCCAGUCGGUGAUCGUAAAGGAGAGAGCAACAAGAGCGCUGAACAUUUGGCAAAAGUUUGGGCUUUUGGAGACGGGGUGAGGGAGAGGCCGAGUCCCGCCACUGUUGAACUGACAACUUUAACCAGCUCGCUCUGUUAGGAGCAGAUAACUUUCACCAUGAAAACCCCGGGGGACUCGGGGUUUGCGUUCCCAGACUGGGCCUAUAAACCCGAGUCCAGUCCUGGCUCCAGACAGAUCCAGCUGUGGCACUUCAUCCUGGAGCUGCUGAGGAAGGAGGAGUAUCAUGAUGUGAUUGCCUGGCAGGGGGACUACGGAGAGUUCGUGAUCAAAGACCCUGAUGAGGUGGCCAGGCUGUGGGGCGCCCGCAAGUGCAAACCUCAGAUGAACUACGACAAACUCAGUCGAGCGCUCAGGUAUUACUACAACAAGAGGAUUCUACACAAAACUAAAGGAAAACGCUUUACCUACAAGUUUAAUUUCAACAAGCUGGUCCUGGUCAACUACCCUUUUAUUGACAUGGGGUCUGGAGGAGCAGCUGUUCCUCAGAGUGCUCCACCAGUGCCUACAGGUCCUCAUUUCCGGUUCCCUCCAUCCACCCCGUCAGACAUGCAGGUGUCUAAGGUGCUGCGGUCCCCCAGCAGCGAGGAGCUGCGCAGUCCCGGGAUAUUCAGCGGGAUGGGUCGCCGCAUAGCCCGUGGGUCCGUCUCUGACUGCAGCGAUGGGACUUCUGUCAACUCGGAGAUCGAAGAAGGCAAUGGAGGAGUGACAGAGGAGAGAGUGACGGAAAGAGUGGCAGAGAGAGGAGGAGGAGGCUUUCGAGGUGCAGUUCAUCCUCGUUUGUCUCACGAGGCAAUGUUCAGGAUGUAUGGAGGACUGGGAGGUCACAGAGGUUAUCGGGUGUCAGAGGUUGCCAGGCACAGAGUUCAUCCCGAGCCUCUAUCACCGUUUACCGGAGGGUCAGGUCUGUUGGCGCCACCUCUCUCCCCGGCACUCUCGAUGACCCCAGGCUCUCACCUGCCCUACAGCCCCUCCCCUACUCUGUCGCCCAUGCCUGGCUCCAUCUUCUCCUUCAACCCAGAUGAUAUGCAACGCUGCCUGCAGGCUCACACUCAGAGCGUCUACAAUUACCACUUGAGCCCUCGUGCCUUCUUCCAUUACCCGAACAUCAUCGUCCCUCAGCCUCAGCGCCCUGACAAAGGUAUGCCUGGGCACCAGGUCUGUGAUCAUGGCCCUGCCGAGAGACCCUCGGUGCUCAACAGCCACCACUCCAGCAUCCCCCCGCCUCACGCUCAUCCAAUGCACCACCACCUGGGGGAGGACCAGCACCAUUCACCCUUCAAGUUUAAGCUCCAGCCUCCUCCACUGGGCCGAAAGCAGCGCGAAAGUCAGGGAAGGCAGGGGUCACUGUCCUCCACAUCUACAUCAGGACUGGGCUCCUCCUUGUCAUUCGGCAGUGACCUUAGCUCAGCUGGUGGAUCGGGACUGGUGUCCAACUCCUCCUCAACUGGCUCUCUGAACAGCACUGGGCUUCCCAAGAUUAAGGUUGAGCCCAUAUCUGACAUUGAAUCAGAAGAGGAAGUCGAAGUGACUGACAUAAGUGAUGAAGAAGCUGAUGAGAGAUAUGAAGAGUGUGACGUUUUCCCCUCUCACUAUAAUAAACACCAUCAUCACCACCAUCACUAUCCUCACAACCAAAAGCACCAUCAGCCCAACGGCACUGAUGCCCCUCUCCACCCAGAUGAGGACUUAGAGGAGGAGGUGUUCAAAGCCCCCGCCCCUCUGCCCUUCUUCAUCUCUCCCACCUCAUCCUCAGGUGAUGGUUGCCGGGGUAACACUGUUGUGAAGAGCGAACCUGUAGAGCCUACAGACAUGCAGUUACCGUCUGGUGAAUUGCCGCAAACACACUCCCAAUGUAUCCCACUGAAGCUCCGGUUCAAACGGCGCUGGGACCAGGACCAGCACAUGGAAGAAGCAGAGGAUAAGAAGGUGAGAGGAGAAGAGAGGAGGAGAGAGAGGAACGGAGAGGUGGAGGAGAGUGGAAGUGGGAGUGGAGAGGCAGAAAGCCCACCUCCUCUUGCUCAUCACAGAGUUAGUGCUGACCUGCACCGAGCCACGGCACAGCUGUCACUGGAGAACAAGGACUGCUGAUACACAAGCGCGUCAACACAUUUACAUGACUGCUGAUACACAACACUCUUUACAACUGCUGAUGGACCCACACUCACAUGUGACUCUUUAGAGAUCAAUGACUGCUAAUACUUUACUCAAAAAUGAAAAUUCUGACAUCAUUUACUCACCCUAAUGAAGUUCCAAACUGGUAUGACUUUCUUCCGUGAAACAGAAAAGAUGUUUGGCAGAAUGACAGCCUUUCACUUUCAAUGCAACUUUUUCCUAUACAAUUUAAGUGACUGAGUGACAUAAGGGUGAGAAAAUGGAGACAGAAUUAUAAUUUUUGGUUGAACUAUCCCUUUAAACUUGCUGCACACUUAGACUAACUAAUCCUUGAUUAAUCUAAUCCCAGUUCCCCACACUCCUCUCCCUCCUCUGCCACCCUCACGUGUGUGUGCAUCACAACUUUUGCUGAGUGGCUUGCCAACACAUGUUCUAGUGCAUCUCGGUGUGGCCAUGAUGAGGAAUGAGUUCACCCAUGUGCCGCAGCGACCCUCAGGAGUCAUGAACUUUGACUUUUGGCACUAGAGAAUAUUGUAUAUUUUUAAAUGACAAUUUUAUUUUGCAAAGUGCCUGUGAACUAUCCCUCAAAACCCCACAAACAGAGAAAAUUUCUUUUGUGAUAGACAUUGGGAGGACACUAGUGGGUUGACUAGUCUGAUUUGAGGGGGUUUGAUCUUCGUUUCCAGCAUUUCCCAGCAUUUGUCCCUCAGUGACAGACUAUGAUCAAUCUGCAUAUGAUGUGGUGGUAAACAAAUGCACAGAGAGUCACAAACAGACACUGCUCUAAAACCAGCCUGGUCAGAAGUCAGAACCCUCAGGGACAAACUCCCCCCAACACACAUACACACACACACACACACACACACACACACAUACAUACACACACAGAUAAUCCCUUGUUCCCUGUAUGAAGCCUGAACAGAUUGUUGAAACUGUGUGUCACAACUGAGCAUUUGUGCAGAAAAUGUGCAUUUGAUUGCUAAGUGUGAAUGAAUGCAUGUGUUUAUGGAAAUCUAGCUGUGUGUACAUUCUCAGGAUAUCUCCAUCCUCUCUUUUCCAUCCAAACCAGCUCUAUCCAAACUAUGUAAACCUUAAAACAAUCUCUCAAAUUGUGUGCUCUUUCAUUCGUACUUUUUUCUGGGUCCAUACCUGAAUCAUUUUCACUCCGUUGGGGUGUUGACUUUUUGGAUGAAAUGACUCGGGCAUAACACACAGUUCGGAGACCAUACCCUCAAAUCUCUUAAACAGCUAGUUCCUUAGUCACAAGAUUCCCUUGUCUAGUCAGUCCUUUAGUGUGUACUAAACCAGCAUCUCUCUCUCUUUCACACACACACACACAAAGCAUGUACAGUUAUACUAGUUUCACCAGGACCCAAUAUUUAACCAUAACUGCUUGAGGAUGCUUUAAGAAUAUUUUUUGUUUUUACCCUUGAGAACCAAGUGCUGAUUCGGGGUCCUGAUUAAUGUCAAGUCAUUUAGGCCAUGUCCACACUAAUAAGUUUUAAUUUGUAAACAAAUUCAUUUCACUACAUUUACGCCUCUCAUCCACGCUAGAAUGCCAUUUUUCUUCAUCGAAAAUUGAGCAUUUCGAGAACUCUCAUAUUUUGGAAAACUAGAGUUUUCAAACAAAAACAGAUUAGUGUGGACGUGAUCUUAGCCAUAUUACAACAGCAAAUCUUGCCCUGGACCACUAUGCGGUCUUAUUGUGUGGGGAAGUGAAAUCAUAGUUGGCAUUCAUAGAUAGAAAGAGGUUCAAAUCCCUUAAAUAAACAUUUUAAAUGCCAAUUUAAGUAUAAAAGGAUAGUAGAAGACGUUUGGCCAGAAGUCGCUCUAUCACACACAUAAACUAGCCCCUUUCACACAUACAGCCUUUUCCAGAAAAUGUACAGUAUUUUUUCAGUUUAGAGGUCACGUGUGAACUCUGAACACAACCUUUUUUAAAAUACUGGUAUAUUUUGCUCUGGCAAUUUCUCUUAAUGAAAAGUUGUAUCAUAAAUAUGCAUACUGAUGGUAUGUGUGUACAGCACAUUUGUUACAUUUACCAGUAAAGGCAAACCAACAAUUUUCCUGUAUUUUACCUUUUUGCAUGUGUGAAAGGGGCUAAUGAUACACAAACUCUGCCUCGUAUGCCUUGUUUUACUAGCAUGUCUAAAAAGGUUAAAGGAAAAACUCAAAUCUAAAAAAAAAAAAAAAAAAAAAAAGGACAGUAUACACUCUUUAUAUAAUAUGUGUUAAACACUGUAAACAACAGCUGUUAAAAGCACAGCAUUAAAUAUAUUCAGGGCGUUUUGUAACAUUUCGUUUCAAGGGGAAGGUUGAUUCUUCUCCUCAUGGAUAAUGUUGCCAUUUUGGUAAGGAAGGAAAUUGUUGCUUUUUUUAACCAGUUAAUAACAUGUAGAAUAGAGGAGUGAAAGACAAAGUUGUACACGAAACUCUAACGAAGCACGAGAGCUUUGCACCACGGAUGAUGUGGCACAUUCGGUUCUUGAAGCAGCAUGCACCUCCUUAACAUCCUGUUCCUACUGCCAUAACUGGUGUGUGUGUGUGUGUGUGUGUGUGUGAGAGAGAGAGAGAGAGAGAGUGUUUGUGUGUUUCUGACAGAGGCUUGUAUGCCAGUCCACACCCAAGGCUUUAAUUCGUUUGAAAUCUUGCAUCAUGAACCUCAUAAACAUGUGUGCACUAAAGCCCCGUGGAGGACAAAGUUGAGCACCAAACUGGAUGAGAGGUACCAGUGAAGUGGCAUUGGACAGAAUUGCACUGUUUAUCGUUAACAGAACUGGCAACAGUGUCGACCUCCUCAAAGUUUUUGACUCUUUCUAGCUGCCUUACUACCCCUCUUCAACCAGAAUUGAUUAUGCUCAAGAUGUUCACCUCCUACUUCACAGAUUUUUGGAUGAAACAAGCCUUUACUUAAAGGGAUAGUUCACUCAAGAUGAAAAUUCUAUCAUCUUUUACUCACGAGUAACACGUAAGAAAGAAAGUCAUGGGUCUGGAACAACAGGAGGGUGAACUAUGCCUUUAAGAUGCACUUGUUUAAUGCCCUGGCAUACCUCAUAAUAUAAGAGGUGGAGUUAAAUUUUGAGAUGGGGUGUUUAUAUGUCUAUAUAUGCUUGGGCACAAAGUGCGUGUACCCUUCUCUUUAGGAGGGGAGAUAUUUGUUUAAUUCCUUAGGCUGCUCUCAUUGGUUAUUCCAGGACGAUAACAAGUCAAAUUAUGUUUUGUCGAGUUAUGUUUUUUUCUCCCAACCUGCUUCUGUUUAUCUUCUUUCUGAUGUCAGCGUUGCUGUUCAUCAUAAUUAUUAUUAGUUAUUAUCAUUAUUAUUUUUGUUUAAUUUUUCUUCUCACAUUGUAGUCUUUAUAACAUUAUAAUGUAUACAUUACUGUAAAAGAUCCUUUGAAGAAUGCCCCACUCUGCCUUCCCACUGAGCAACCCAACAGUGUGUUUAGUGUAACAUUUUAAAAUUUGUAAAUUAAUGUAAAACUGUAACUUUAAAAUGGGUGUUUGUUGUGGAGAAUAUAGGGUGGAGGACGGGCAUUUGAGGGAGGAUCUGGCUUAUGAUUUGAACUCAAGUCAUGUCAUGUAAUUGUUAUUUUGUAGUGUUACUGAUUUAUUUCUCUUGUAAUUAUUAUUAUUUUAAUUUUUUUCCAUUUGGGGAUUGUAUGAUUUUAAAAGAUAUAUUGUGUAUUGUUUUAUUGUGUAUACGUCUAUCUCUACCACUUUCUUUCCCGAAAUUUAUAUCUGUGGUUUCAUAACUCAUAAUAACAGGUUUUAAUACCAUGAUGUAACAUUUGAAUUCUUCCUUUUAUUCAUUUUUGAGUUCUUUUUUCAGAAUUGUAAUUAAAAUGUAAUCAGGGUCAAUUAAACUGGUUAAAAUGCCA